AUGGCCCAAAACUUCCCACCUUCGGCGCGAGCCUCUGCCACCCUGGACCAAGGUCCCGCCUGGACUCUUAUGCAACGAGUCAAAUCUCGACCAAAAUAUGACGCUCAAACCAAGCCAGACGGUCUCAUCAACCUUUCGGGGGCGCUCAACGGUCUGAUGGAGGAUUGGAUGAAGGCAUACGCAGACAAAAACUUGCACUUUACCUCUGAAGCCUUGUCUUAUGGACCUCUCAGCGGGUCUCAAGACCUACUCAGUGCUGCAGCCGCAUUCUUUAACCGCUUCUUCGAUCCGGCAGAGCCAGUCGUUGCUGGGCAGGUGUUGGCAGCCAACGGAGUCACCUCGCUGCUCAACAUGAUGGCUUGGACUCUCUGCGAUGAGGGCGAUGGAGUCCUCUACACCACGCCUGGAUUUUACAUGCUCGACUUCGAUCUAAGUGUGCGGACUGGUCUUGUCACAGUACCAGUGUCGAUGACGGACCUGAAGGACCCAUUCAGACCUGACGGAUCGGCUGAGCUGAUCGAGGCACUCGAAGCUGCCGCCGAUAAUGCCCGGGACAAACUGAAUGUCAAGUGUCGCAUGCUGUGCCUGAGCAAUCCUUCAAAUCCCCAAGGGCGAUGGUAUUCCAAGGAAACCCUUGAAGCACUGGCGUCGUGGUGUGCUCAACGGCAGAUGCAUCUCGUCGUCGAUGAGAUCUACGCAUUGUCCAGCUUCUCCAACUUGCACCAGGACCACGGCCACAGUGGACCGACAAGCAUUCUCAAUAUCUGUGCUCAAGAGAAUGUUCACUGCCUGUAUGGACUGAGCAAGGACUUUAAUAUGGGAGGCGUACGAAUGGCAUUUCUCGUUACCAGAAAUGCUCAAGUUCGCGCUGCCGUCUCUAAAAUCACAUGGUUCACUUGGCUCACCGUCAUGUCAGACAAGUUCGUGACUCACUUUCUCGAGCAGCUAGACCUGGUUCAAGAAUACCUCGUCGUGUACAGGCCAAAACUGGCAAAUGCGUAUCAACAAGUUGCCACUGCACUCGAAACACAUGAAAUUCCAUUUCAACGAGCUGAAGCUGGUUUGUUCGUCUUCAUCAAUCUGGGCGCUUGGAUCCACCAUUUUCCAGACCCGGCUGGCAAACCACCAGCGUCCGACAAUAUCUUGAGCCCCGAACUCCAGCUCUGCGAAUGGCUUAUUGAUCACGGGGUCUUCUUGAAUGCAGGAGAGUUUGCCGGGUGCGAUCUCCCUGGCCAUUUCCGGCUUGUCUUUACGCAAGACCUCGACGCCACUCUCUUGGGGAUCCGGCGCAUUCGGGCAGCUCUCGACCAACUGGACCAUGCUUAUGGAUCAUGA